AGGUCGAGACAGUGGCGGCAGGACCAGAGGAAAACGGCCUCCUCAUUUUACCCUUUUCCAGGCCUUUGGGGGGGCUAAAACACCUCCAGAGUCACCCUUUAUCACCCUUAGCACCCAUUAAUAAGGCCCAGAGGAGAAAAUAAGGCCUAACACACGCGGGAGAGGCUGAGUAAGACCAACAACACAUCAACAACAACAACAGCACAAUGGGGGACGCAGCGCUAAACCUGGGCAUCAGCAUCGUGAAGGCGGGGGUCUGCCUCUACGACAUCAUCACCUACCCGCUCUACGCCCUCGUGCAGCGGCCGUGGCAGGAGCGACACCUCAUGAACAGAAAGAGGGCGGUGGAGGUGGGCGUCGGCGAGGGGAUCUGCUUCCACAACAACGACCCGCCACAUGAGUUCCAGGUGGAGAUCCGGGAGGCCAAGAUCACCACCAUGGAGAGCGCCCUGUCAUACGCUUGCAAGAAGCACAAAAACAAGAAGGCCAUGGGCACCCGACACAUCCUGAUGGAGUUCGAGGAGGUGCAGAAGAGCGGGAAGGUGUUUAAGAAGUACGAGCUAGGAGACUACUCGUGGCUAACCUACAAUGAAGUCGACAAAAUGGCCACCAACUUCGGCCGGGGUCUGCGCGCGCUCGGCCACCAGUCCAAGGAGAACAUUGUCAUCUUCGCCGAGACGCGGAAGGAGUGGCUGAUCUCGGCUAUGGGGUGCUUCAAACAAAACUUCCCCUUGUGCACGCUGUAUGCCACGCUGGGAGAUGAGGCAGUAGUCCACGGCAUCAACGAAACAGAGGUCCGGCACAUCAUCACAUCCCACGAGCUGCUCCCCAAGUUCAAGACGCUGCUGGCCAAGUGCCCCAACGUGACGCACAUCACCUACUUCGGGGACCAGCUCAAGGAGACGUCCCUCGACGGAUACAAGGCCGGCAUAGUGUUCAACUCCUUCGAGGACGUCAUAAAGAAGGGCAACAAUAGCUCGUUCUCAGACGAGCCGCCGCGGGAGGAUGACACAGCCAUCAUCAUGUACACAUCAGGGUCCACGGGCGCCCCCAAGGGAGUGAUCAUGUCGCACCACAACCUCGUCAACUCCAUCAUCGGCUACGCGGUUGGCCUGAACAUUAAGAGGGAUGACAUCUACCUGGCCUAUCUACCUCUCGCCCACGUGCUGGAGCUCAUGGCAGAGUCCAUGAUGAUGAUGUUUGGUGUGCCGAUGGGCUACUCCACGCCGCUCACCAUGACCGACCGCUCCAGCAAGGUGAAGCGUGGCUGCCCGGGCGACUGUUCCGUCUUGAAGCCAACCAUGAUGGCCGCUGUGCCUCUUAUCCUGGACAGAAUCUACAAGGGUAUUCUGGACAAGGUGGCAGCUCAGGGUCCUUGGCUGGGCAAGCUCUUUGAGUUUGGCCUCGAGUACAAGUUGAACUGGAUGAAGCGUGGCUGGGACACCCCCAUCUGUAACUGGUUCGUCUUCAGGAAGGUGCGGGCGCUGCUGGGUGGACGGCUGCGCAUCAUGGCGGUGGGUGGGGCGCCGCUCUCCCCCGACACCCAUAACUUCGUGAGGGCCAGCUUGGGGGUGCCGGUGCUUCAGGGUUACGGGUUAACGGAGUCCUGCGGGUGCGCAACACUCAUGGACCAGUACGACCUGACAACAGGUCAAGUAGGCGCUCCCCUGCAGGUGUGCGACAUCAAACUAGUCAAUUGGGAAGAAGGAAACUACAGGAUAACUGACAAGCCCAGGCCACGAGGAGAGAUUGUGAUUGGUGGUUCAAAUAUUGCUGUUGGAUAUUAUAAGAACCCAAAGAAGACAAAGGAGGACUUCUUCGACAGUGACGGAAGGAGGUGGUUCAGGACGGGAGACAUCGGAGAGUUUGGAGAGGACGGCUGCCUCAUGAUCAUUGACCGCAAGAAGGACCUCGUCAAGCUGCAGUUCGGAGAGUACGUCUCACUUGGCAAGGUGGAGUCAGAGCUUAAGGUGUGUCCCUCAGUGGAGAACAUCUGUGUGUAUGGCGAGUCCAGCAAGAACAACAUCGUGGCCAUCAUGAGUCCGGUACAGAAGAACCUUGAGGACCUGGCACGCUCCCUCGGCAAGAAAGACCUGCGGCGAGAGCUGCUGUGCAUGGACGAUGACAUCAACAAGGCCCUCCUGCAGGAGCUGGUGGCCACUGGCAAGAAGGCCAAGUUGGAGAGGUUUGAGCUGCCCACGGCACUCUUCCUCACCUCUGAGCUCUGGACGCCCGACACCGGCCUGGUCACGGCUGCCUUCAAGCUCAAGCGCAAGAGCAUUCAAGUCAAGUACCAGGACGCCAUCAACCGCAUGUACGCCUCCUAGAGCCUGGGUGUGGCCCCACGCCGGGCCGGAACGUGACAGCUGCCGCUCAGGAUCGUUGGCUCCGCCGCAGGUAAUGACCAGACGUGGAGCGCAUUGGAGGACACCUCAACCAAGGGGAAGCUCUGCAAAAAGCAAAAUUUUAAGCGAAGGUGUUUGAUAACUUAUUCUUACUUUCUGUGUAGGCUUAGAACAUUAUGGUUUGCUGUUGAAUAGGAACAAGUAAGUUUUACCUUUAGUUUACCAAGAGUUGUAAAUAUUUUGUUUCAUUUGUUGCUGCAGAGACUGAUUGUUAAGAACGUUUGUGACCCUUGUGUGUAGGGACAUGAAGGGUCACUUGUAAAAUGUGUAAAAUAAUUUAUUACUUUACAUGAUAAGGAAAUUGGCUGAAUGUUUGACCUUUGUUUGACCUCUGUGUUGAUAAUUGUCCUAGUGUUGCAUCGUGUGUUGUGUUAGUGAAGAUAAAGUGAUGUGUCGCACCUUGUGUGUGUAGCUGCCAGACAAACCAUCUUGCCUUCACAGCAGAGGUCAAGUGUCUUGUCCAGUGUUGAGAGCUUGGUGUGCCCCACUGUGCCUUACUCCAAGCAGCCUCUGUCUCCCGGGUGGCUGCAGUGAGAGCACAUUAAGAGCAUUGUGUCAUUGCUUCAUUGCAGCUCUGAAUUUUUAAAGUUGCACAUCUACAGUGGCCUGUGAAAGAAUGUUUUGCUACAGUUAGGUCUUUUAUUUUCCAGAAACCAUUAAUUUUAAAUGUUACAUUGGGUAAACACCAGCCCACAUUUAUUAUUUUGUUUUCCAUUUCAUCAGAAGUGUGCCAUCACUAACAUCAGUUUUCAGGCUUUGUCAAUUGUUAAAAUGAGGUUUAUUAGACCACACUUUUCUGGACUAUGGAGAUCCACUCGCAUAAGAUGUACCCGAGUGCAAAAAAUGUGAUAGCAAAUAUAAACUAGAGCUUAUAAUCACACACUUUAGCAACAACAAAAUCUCUGUGAGUGAGAGAUUGUGUUCCUAGAGUCAUGAAGUACCUUGAAUACCUCCCACCUACCUAAUCCUUAAUAUUAUUUAUUAUGGAGUAAAUCUGAUGCUAGUCUUUUGUUUAACACUUGUACAACAUAUUGUGAAAUUGUUAAAGUUUCCUUUCAUGUUAAGAAAAGCUGAAUGCAACAACUAACUUGUAGUAAAGUGAGCCAUUUAAGUCAUUCAUGGCAGUGGCACAAAGAGGCUGCCAAGUGAUACAUUUUUUUGCUGAAGGCCGCGUCCCAACCCUCAGCCUCUGCGUGCAUCUAAGCACCAGACUGUAAGCAUUAUAUAGAAAUUCCUGGAGAAUGUAGUUUUGCAGAUUUUUCAUUCCAUGUCAACUGCAAUGUUGUUAUUUGUCUACUUCAAAGACAUAAAUUUUGUAGAAUAAUUCUGCAGGCAUUCUUUUUUAAAACAAUUAUUUUGCAGGCCAGAUAGCACUAUUAUAUUGUGCACUGUGUAAUUAAUUUUUAGCAUUUGAGGACCAAAUAUUCAAUAUAACUGCAUCUGCAGGAAGUAGUGACACUUUCUAACAGUAAAAACAACCACCAGUGCUCUGAGGGGCAGUUACAAAAAUGACUUGUGAACCAAGACAACAUGUGAGCUUUUACAGUGACACUUGGAGGUCAGGGAAGGAAUUACUGCUCAGGGCAGCUUUGCAUUCACAGACAUGUAUACACACAGCUUAUACAUCAUAAUACAUACAGUCAUACGAUACCCAAUAGCAGAUGUUGCACACUAGAUGGUUAUUAGUGAUUGUGUAACAUUGUUUUUAUUUAUAACUGACUAGGUAGUAAAAGUGAAGUGUUUGUACUUCCUUGAGUUCAGUGUUCCAUAUCGAUGUAUUGGACGAAGCUUAACUACACUGCCGGGCCCUCGUGAAGUCCACAGCAAUGCCACCAGCUCUUAAUUUAGUAAAUGGUGUCAGUCAAGUAAUCAGUAAGAAGCACACAGUUUAAUGUUGCUUAAACUCAGAUGUGGUAAUUUAUAGAGUACUGCGGACAGGCACUCGCCACACUGAACAGGCUGUCUGGAGGGAGUUGGAUGUGACAGCCGUGUAGUGGCGAAUUAGGCUUACCACGCAGAUAUUGAACUUCUUUGAACUUUUGCCUUGUCGUGUAUUGCUGGGAGCGCUAGAUCAUCCAAGCUUCAGCAGCGUACAUAACGUGCACAUCAGUCUGGUAUUGUUGGCCCUUAACACAGCACAAAACAAUACAGCACAAAGAUGAAAAGUGAUAAUGUUACAAGCAUGAAGCUACAAGGUCUGUCGCAUGAAGGCCACGCCGAGCAGCGACUGUGUUAGGACGAGCAUCAAGACUCAUCUCAUCUCAUCAUUCUCAUCAUGGCAUCCCAAACAUUACCAUGGACAUCAGAUUGUUCACCCAUCCAUUGAUAAUCCAUAAAUACUUCCAUUAGAAGCCAACAUGCUGUCCUUGAAUGUCAAAAAUUAUAAGUUUGUCAAUGUUCAACUUUUGAUUUUGGUCGUUUAGCCUCCAACGUGUAAUGUGGCCAAGACCAAACCAUUGAGGCAGCAGAGGUUAGAUUGUUUGUGUCUGAAUUUAUUUACAAAAGCACGUAUUUACCUUUGAAGUUAAAUUGCAUCGCCCUUUGUUACACACAUACAGAAUUUGGGCACACCAUUGUUUUGUGAUGUAUUGAAUGUUAUGGGUAUGUUGUGCAAUUAGAAAUGUUUUGGCUCAUGCUUUCUCUGGAACUUUUUGUAUUUAUUUUAUACUCGUAGGUUGAUGCAUUAUGGGCAUUUUAGAUUGGCCAGUGAGAUGCAGCACUCAGGCUUAGCUGUGGCCAGUGUGUCAAUACUCAGUGAAGCCAUCCUCUAAGUCUAAGACCUCUGUGCUGGACGAAAUAGCUUGACGUGGAAUUAUUUUCAUAAUUCUCAAAUUCAUACUUGGACAACUUAGUAAGACUUGUUAGGGGCAGCGAGUCAUCCUCCUCAGCAGUGUUGAAGGCAGUGCAAGGCAGGAUGGGGACACAGCCGGCAACACUGUGGACCAGCCGGACGCCUUAACAGCAAGAUAUUUGUAUUUUGAAUGAUAAAUACUGGCUGAGUGUUGCUGGCUGGGCUGGACUUGUCUCAUGAGUAAAAACUCGUAUCACCGAACUGCACAAUCAAGUGAUUAUGAUUAAAUCAGAUUUACUACCAAUGAGCAGCCUUCGUUGGGCAUGAAUCUGCAAAAUCAAAAGACUGUACGACUACUAAUAUGCACUCACCUUAGGACACAAAUGACAUGAGCACCUUGCAGCAGACUGGGCGGUGCUGUGCCUGCCAUCUGCCUGAGGUGCUGCAGUGUGCUGUGAUGCCUUCAGGAUUCGCUGGACCCCAAACACAACCCUGUCCAGUGGAGGUCACGAGUGUUAGGAAAUAGAGGACGUUAUGCUGUUGGUCACGUGGCAAGUGUUGCACAAUAGCCGGGUGCUCGCUGAGAUCAAUUUUUAAUUUGCAAUAAGAAAAAAAAGAAUAUGAUUGUUUUGAAUGAGGAGCCUUAGGAAGAAACAAAUGUAUAUAAUUUAUAUGUAUUAUUUUUGCAUAACUGGUAAAACAUUUACCAUUAAUAAAUUUCGUAUGGUAUGUA